AUGAAAAAAAAGAAAGCAUUGCCUUCUUUCCUAUAUCUUGUAUUUAUCGUACUUUUGCCUUGGGGAGUCUCUUUCUCUUUUAACAAAUGUCUGGAACUUUGGAUUAAGAAUUGGUGGAAUACCAGGCAAUCCCAAACUCUCUUAACUGCUAUUCAAGAGAAAAGAGUUCUAGAAAGAUUCAUGGAAUUAGAAGACCUUUUUAUCUUGGACGAAAUGAUAAAAGAGAAACCGAAUACACAUGUACAAAACCCCCCUAUAGGAAUACGCAAGGAAAUAAUACAAUUGGCCAAAAUAGAUAAUGAGGGUCAUCUCCAUAUCAUUUUGCAUUUCUCGACAAAUAUAAUCUGUUUGGCUAUUCUAAGUGGUUCUUUUUUUCUGGGUAAAGAGGAACUUGUUAUUUUGAAUUCUUGGGUUCAGGAAUUCUUCUAUAACUUAAAUGACUCAGUAAAAGCUUUUUUUAUUCUUUUAGUUACUGAUUUUUUUGUUGGAUUUCACUCCACCCGCGGUUGGGAACUACUAAUUCGUUGGGUCUAUAACGAUCUUGGAUGGGUUCCUAACGAGCUAAUUUUCACUAUUUUUGUUUGUAGUUUUCCUGUGAUUCUAGAUACAUGUUUGAAAUUUUGGGUCUUUUUUUGUUUAAACCGCCUAUCUCCUUCGCUUGUAGUCAUUUAUCAUUCAAUUAGUGAAGCAUAA